UGGCUGAACUGAUUUGUAUGAAAAAUGUUGUACAUGAAGGCAAAUUUAACUAGAGCUACUAUAAUAGGAUAGCUGGCUCGUUCUCCAUUUCGGAUCUUAAAAGUCUUAUCUCGACUGAUUUAAUUUAAUUUAAUAGUAGUAAUCUAAUAGCUCGGUAACUCCAUUCUAUUUAAUAAAUAUAAAUUUUAUAAUAAUUUUUUUUUCAAAUUUUUAAAACUAAGCAGAGGGCGCUAGUACGUGUGCGGUUCAUUUUGAAUGCGUUUUAUGUUUACGUUCUGAAUUUAGAGAAAGUUGGGUAAUAUAAAUCAAUUUUAAUAUAUAGAUUCAUUAUCAGUUCGGAGGAAAAUGUCGUCGACAAACGGUGAUCCUACGUUGGAAAGAUAUUUUAAAGGUCAUAAAGGAAGUAUUACAGCAGUUGAUUUUAAUCCCAAUAUGAAACAAUUAGUAUCAAGUAGUAUGGAUAACUGUAUCAUGGUGUGGCAUUUUAAACAACAGAUGAGAGCCUAUCGGUUUCUUGGUCAUAAGGAUGUAGUGUUGCAUGUUAAGUUUUCUCCUUCUGGAAAUCUAAUUGCAUCAGCAUCUAAAGAUAAAACUGUUAGAUUAUGGACACCAAGCAUAAAAGGAGAAUCAACUAUAUUCAAAGCACACUUAGCAGCUGUUAGAUGUGUUGACUUUUCUAAUGAUUCACAAUAUUUAUUAACAGGUUCAAGUGACAAGACAAUUAAGGUUUGGCUAACUAAUAGACAAAAAUUUUUGUAUUCUCUUUGUCAUCAUUGUAAUUGGGUAAGAUCUGCCAGAUUUUCACCAAAUGGAAAAAUGAUAGUUUCUGGAGGUGAUGAUAAAACAGUCAAAUUAUGGGAUACUAAUACAAAAGAAUGUAUUCAUUCAUUUCCUGAACAAGGAGGGUAUGUUAGUUGUGUAGCUUUUCAUCAAAGUGGAACAUGUAUUGCAGCUUCUGGAGUGGAAGGAUCUAUAAAAAUAUGGGAUUUGAGGAUGAAAAAAUUACUCCAAGUUUAUAGAGUUCACGAUGGUCCUGUAAAUAGUUUUUCAUUCCAUCCAUCUGGAAAUCAUAUUAUUACUGGAUCUUCAGAUACUACAAUGAAAAUCUUUGAUCUCUUAGAAGGAAGAUUAAUUUAUACAUUGCAUGGCCAUCAGGAUGCUGUGAAUGCAGUUGCUUUUUCACAUUCUGGAGAGUUCUUUGCUUCUGGAGGAAAUGAUAAUGAGGUGAUGGUGUGGAGGACCAAUUUCGACCAAUUAGAUUACUCAGAUUUGAAAUACGAUAAAGUCUGGAACCAACCUCCAGCAGUUAAAGAUUGCCAUACGCAACGACGCGUAACUGAGGUCGUUGCACGUCUGAACUGUAAGGAAACCGGAGAUAACGAAAUGAAUAUCACAGAUAUUGGAUCCGUAGUGGAAACACCUUCGUGUGGUGACUCGACAUCUGGUUUAUCUGCAAAAAGUUCGGACGAAGAAAAUAAAGAAAUCGAAGAACCUGUUACCGUUUCUUUAGAAGAAAAAGUCGAAUUGCCGCAGCACUCGAGUAUGCUGCAACAUAUAAUCAAGCAACUUGACAUAUUAACACAGACCGUAUCAAUUUUAGAGCAACGAAUUACAUUAAAUGAAGAAAGGUUAAGAAAAAUGGAAGAAAGCAGAAAUUCUCUAUCUUGAGAUCUGAGAAGGGUGAAAUAGAAUUCGAGUCAAAUGCGGGGUUCUAACGCUCUGAAAACAUAAAAUGUGCGAAUAAAAACAGAUUUUUUCACUAUUUAUCUAAAGUCUUUAAUACUUAAAAGAUUUGCUGCUCCUAUUUGCCAGAGAUUGGUCCAAGUGGGCUUACUGUUCCACUGUCUCACCUAUAGACCUACUUACUGUAUGUAUAUAUACUGUAUAUAUAUUAUCCGACUAGAUGUAAGGAACUGCCCAUAAAUAAUGUCCACACUGGGAGGGAGGGUUACGACAUGUCGGACAAUGGGGGAGGGGUUGAGCUUUAGUAGACGUUCGUUUAUUUCGUUAAAUUGUAUACAAUUUAUGCAUUUUUAUUAUAUUUAUUUCAAAAUCUCUUGUACGUUUCGUUUCUUCUUAUGGUAUUCAUCAUUCGUAAGCUGAUAAAGGUUUAAGGGAGUCGAGUUUUGUUGGACGUCCGAAGAGGAGAGUGGGUUAGGGAAACGUGGACAAACUGGAACAAGGAGGAGGGAGUAAAAAUUUCAAGAAAAAUGCAGACGUAAUUAAUGGACAGCCCGUAAGUAUAUACAUAUGCAUAGAUAUAACUACCCCACUUUAUGUAGGUAUGCAUACACAGAUUUACCUGAUUAUGUAUAACUUAUAUGCAGAUCAUUUGUCCUAGUUUCGAACACAGAGCGGCACCCAAAUUUAGACAUUUAUGUAAAAUACACGAUUCUAAAAUUAUAUACAGUAUAUAAAAUAUUUGCUAUUAUUUUUAAGAUAACGAUAAACUGUAUAAAAGUUCAAUAUCUGCUUUUAUAUCUUUUAUAUUUAUAAAAAGUAGAUACGUCUAUUGACAAAGUAACAGCUGAAUCAUCCAUUUCUGUACUAUAACAUAUGUAUAAUUGUAACCAAUCAGUAAAUGUUGUGUGUGUAAGAUAACAGUAUAACAAGCUCUAUACUAUGAAUCAAGAUCAGAAAUUAUGAUGUAGAUGAUGAUAUUUAAUGUUACAGUUAAUUCUAUUCAUUUAAUAAAAAGUAUAUCGCGUUCGAAGCUAGUAAUUUGGCAUUAAUGACACUAAAUUUUGAUAUUGAUAACGUUUUAAUCAUAGUUCUAGGCGAUUAUUUAAAGAAAUCGAAAGGAAUAAUUGAAGAAAAAUAGUUAAUUUUGUAUAAAUUCAGCAUUACUAAAAGCUAUUUUAAUAAAUAUUCCAUUUAAAGAAUGCCAAAUUAUCUGGUCAAUAAGUUAGAAAAAAAUCGUUACUCCUAGCUGCAUCAAGUUCUUCAUCUUAUAUAAAGAUUGAUGAUUUGAUAUCUGAUAUGUAAACUGAUAUCAUUUACAUCAUAGGACUGGAAGGGGACCACCAAAUAUCUCUUAUAAGAGCUUAUAUGCAUACACUGGGUGGUCCAAUAAAUGGAAAAAACCCAACAGACCAACUCACGAAUCUCAUUUUCACUAUUCUGUAACAGUUAAAAGCGAAAAUGAGAAAAUGUAUACAAUCGAACCUCUAAUAACGGCCUCUAAACAGCAGUAAAUAUUCUUUCAUCAGUGGCCGUCGUUCAUAGGUUUGAAUGUACUCGGUUCUACCCAGAAUUUGCUCAGUAGAAACUCUAGUUUUGAUGGAUAAAUAGUGCCGAUCAAUUAAAAAUAAGUCUUAAUUGUAAAUAAAAUAUAUUUUUAAGUGUAGUAGUUCAUUUUAUAAGUGUUAUCGAGCGAUACUGAUGAGAGGAAACUGUUUAAAUCAAUACAUUAUAGAUACUGCUUUAGAGUUAACGUAUCGCUUCACCUUUCAGUAAAACAUAGUUUAACUUUAUAUUAUUUUAGAAGUUUCAGACAAAUAAAUUAUUUAUUAAUCUAGAAAUACACGAGCUUAAUUUAAAUGAUUUAAAGCUACAUAAUUUUUUUUUACUUUGAUGAAUUCAUUGCCAGAGGCUGUUGAUGUUUAGAACACUGCUAAGCACGACGUGGCGUGUGUUAACUUAAUAUAUAGCUAUUAAAAUUUCAAAUUUUAAUUUAAAAAACUCACAAAAACUGUUACCAGUUACAUUAAAUAACUUUAGCAAUACAUGCCGUCGAACCUCUGAACGACGGACACCGACAGGGAAUAAAUAGAAAGUACUUAUUUUUAAAAAGUGGGAUAAUGUAAAUGAAAAACUAGAUUUAAAGAAGAAAAAUUUGAAUACAAACUCAUAAAGAAAGGCAGUUGAACCUGCAAUAACAGGCACUUUUCAACAGCGGCUAAGUUUUUAAGAACGUGUCUCUUUGAAAUACAUACAAAAUAACUUGCAAAGAACGGCCAUUUUUUAUGUUUAGAGAUUUGACUAUGUAGAUAAACAUAAUUGAAUUCGUUUAUCGUGAUUAAUCGUAACUAAUGUAAAAAGUAUUUAUUUAAAAAAGUGGGGUAAUGUAGGUGAAAAACUAGAUUUAAAGAACAAAAAUCUGAAUAUAAAUCAGUCGAACCUGCAGUAACGGCACCUCCCAACGUCGGCCAUUAUUUCAGGAAUGUCGAACAAAAAUGCUUACAAUAUAACCUCCAAACAACGGCCAUUUUUAAUGUUUUCCGUCGGUGGCCGUUGCUCAGAGGUUCGACUAUAAAUAAUUUAGUUACAAGGUUUCGGAACAAGAUAUCAUUUCUAUCGUCAUAAAUAAUAGUAAUAAUGGUUUUAUGUAGUAUAUAAAAAGAUUUUUACGUUAAAUUUACAUAAAACUUUCGUCAAUUUUACUUUAUAAAUUGGUCAUUUGCGGUUUAAACCUUAUAACUCUAAAAAAAACAGGCACUUAUCAGUGACCUAAGUAUCACAGGUGCAUUCGUAUCUCCAGGCAAAAUGAAAGGAAAAGGUCGUCAAUCCUAACUAAUCACUGGUUUCCCCCUGCACAUUUCACUUUCUUUGCACCUGUCACGUGCUAAUUAAGUCAUUAAUAGGUAAUAAAAUAAAAUUUCAUACUUAUAUAAAACUAUAAACUUCGUGUUAUAUUUAUAAUAAGUUUGUUUACAAUUAAAAUGCAUUUAAAAAGUUUUUCAGGUAUGUUCCUAUAUAGUUUUAAUUGUUUAAUAAAAGAGUUUUUUGUUGUUUAUUCCCUUCUGGACGGAAUUUGAUGUUAGAUUCGCCAUUUUCUCCCCUUAUAAAAGUAGAAAUUGCAUCAAAAUCACUUUAAGACUUACAUAAAGCAGCGGUUUUCAACCUUUACCAAGGCGUACCACCCCGAGCCCUCUGUCUAUACACUUUACUAAUAACCUGUAGGGGUGCGUUUACCACUGGUUGAGAACUGCUGCUGUAAAGUAUUGAUAUUUUUAGUGUUUAUACACUUGUUUAAGUUAGAUUCCUGCCCGCAGAACUACACUAGAUAGAAACUUAAUUAGUGUGUUUUUCUGCAUACAAAACUGUGUUCUAGAAGUCAGUUCUGUGUAUAGAAAGAAAUCGACAUAAAUAAAAAUAGAAAAUUAUGUAAUUCUAGUUUAAUUUUCGAUAUAAAUCAGUCGAGAAAAACAUUAAAUUGACCUUUAGAAGUGUUACAUAAUGAUAUUUUCCAAUUAAACAACUAAAACAAAAGUUAAACUAAGCGUAUAA